GCUAUCAUAUCAUAUAACUGCCCAAUAGCCAGUCUCUUUGAAAGCGACACAGAUCUUCUGACCACAUCCAACGCCCGUGACAACUCAUCGUUAAAGCAUCUCGAUCCUCUAAAAACUCAAGGUACAGGGUAAGACCCCUCACGAUGGCAUCGCUGACGUAGAUGGUUUUGAUCUUGGCGAUGUAUUUUGUGGGCCCCCGCAAGCGGGCAUUGAAUUUCCUCGGAUUAGGUUUACCCGUAUGUUCCGUAUGGUAUGGAACUCUUCCACGUACCUGACUAGCAACUCAGACCAUCACCACCAAGCUCAUUUUCUUGCUGUAGUUGAUUAAGGAGACUUUGCUAUUUCAAUUUGCUUGUCGUUGGUCUGUUCGACAUUACGUCGCGAGCGCCACGAUGCUCCGUCCCUCAACUUUCCGCCCUGCGCUUCGCGCAUCAGCCCACACUAGAUGCGCCAUCGCUCUAACAACCCGAAGGACUCUAUUCUCCCAGCGAUCGAACCGUCUAACCGAUGACCUCGAUGUCAAUCAGCUCAAUUCGAAGCGACGAGAUUACGAACAGAACCGCACCGCUUUUCUAGCUGCUGGUGCCAUUGCCGGCAUCGUUUCCUUCGUCUACACUGCAUGGAAAUUGAAGAAGGCCAUUGAAGCUCAAGGAGAAAAAGAGAAGACUGCUAUCAAAUGCGAUACUGAAGUUCCGACAGAAAUCUUCAAGACCGAAGCGGGCGAGAAGCGAAAAGUGGUUAUUCACGAUGAAGAUGGAAAUGAGGUUGUUCCUACGGGCAACAAGACCGUCAAACUGUUCCCUCGAAGGUUAGAAGUUGAAGAUGCUGGAGCAGCAGGCGACGUCGCUGGCCCGAUUGCUGCCGCUGUAACGGACAAGCAUGGCACAGAAUUCACACUGGUUGGUUUGGGAACAAGGACAGUGACCUUCCUUGGCAUCGAGGUGUACGUGGUGGGCUUUUAUGUUGCUACCCAGGAUAUCGAGAAGCUUCAGCGAUAUCUGGUCAAGAAGAUUAACCCUCUAGCCACAACAUUGAUUCCUUCUGAGAAGGAGGAUCUGCGCAAGGCUCUCCAGGAUCCUGUCGAGGGUGAAGAGACAUGGAACUCGAUUCUCAAGGACGCUGGAUGCCGCUCAGCAUUCCGCAUCACCCCUGUUCGAGAUACUGACUUCCCUCAUAUGCGCGACGGCCUUGUGAGGGCUAUUCAGGCUCGCUCAUCACAUAAUCCGGAGUAUAACGACGAGACAUUUGGAAAUGCCAUGCGACAUUUCAAGGUCCUAUUCCAACGAGGUCUGGUAGCCAAGAAGAACGAACUGCUUCUUGUCCGAGAUGCUGCUGGAAAGUUGACCAUCACUUACACUGAUGGCACUCGCAAGGAGUCUGUCAAGUCUACACUGGGAACUGUUGAGGAUGAGCGACUUUCAAGGCUGCUGUGGCUCAACUACCUCUCUGGUAAGAAGGUUGCGUCAGAGGAGGCUAGGAAGAACAUUAUUAAUGGCGUCAUGGAGUUUGUCGAAAGACCUGUUGGUACUGUUGCCACCCAGGUUUUGUGAGAGGGUCAAACCACAGCAAAAAAGAUGUACAUUACGGAAUUAAGCCAUGUAUCACUAGGCACAAGCCAGCAAGUCUUUGUAAAGGGUCAUGAAUUCAACUCAUCUGGGUCAUCCACCCAUCUUGUAAUACCGUCUAAUCUUCAGGUGCAACCGAUAUCUAUGUGCCGCAUACGGUCUACAAAGACAUGCCUAGAGCUUAGAACUGAAGCCCUUAGCCCAACGUGUCCGACAUUUGUUUUGAUGUUUCUUACGCCUUCAGGGCACCGGCCUCCCUGAGCAGGGAAGCAAGCUUUCCACCAGACUUUAGGCUCUGAACGUCAGAGUUGCCGCCAAUGUGCUGCUGCUUGAUGUAGACAUUGGGAACAGUGCGCUGGCCAGAGAUUUGCUCAAGAGCAUCCUGGAGGGCAGAGCCGUCGGCUGCAAGGCGUUAGAGACCGUUAUUUUGAUACAAUGGCUGAGAACGGCGAAACUUACAAACUUCGUCAAGCUCGAGGAGCUCGUACUCGGCGUUAAGCUCAUCCAGAGUCUUCUUGGUCUGCUUGCAGUAAGGGCAGUAAGACUUGGAGAAGACAACUGCGAGGGGUUCAUUAGCAGGGGUCCAACGCGGGGCGCAAAGCACGGGGAUAAACGUACCAACAGAGUUGUUGUCGAUGAGCUGCUGAACCUUGGUGGAUGCUUGAGUCAUUGUGCCUGGGCUUGUUGCGCGAGUGAAGAAUGAUCUAAAGAAAUUCAUAGAGGAGAGCGAGAUGGCUUUGAUGUAGGAGAAGGGAAAGUGGGGUGGAGGUAUUUAUUCUACGUCAGAUAGAGGUUGAUUUGGCUGUACUGGGCUAUAAUGCUGGACUGUGGAGGGCGAGUUUGCUUUGUCAUGGGCGAUUGAGUGGGAUUAAUUCGGCGACCAUGAAAAAUACGAUGAUGCAAUGUGCUAGAUUUUCGGGAUUAGGUAAUCAUGUUUUUUGGAAUCAUUGUCUCGAGGUGGUUCACUCAUCAUCGCCUCGGCUGUGCA